AUGUCGCAAAGGGGCGCAAGGCUGCGAAAAUGGUCGGACAAGUUGGCCGUCGAGGCAGAGCCUGGUCUGACCACCGGGCAGUUGAUGUUGACAAACCAUGAUCUCAAACCCGUCGAGCCAGAAAGGCGCCAAUGGGGCCCCUGGAACUUUGUCGGCUUCUGGAUCGCUGACAGUUUCAACAUCAAUACGUGGAUGAUUUCUUCGUCCAUGGUAUACAACGGCCUUUCAUGGUGGCAAUCUUGGCUAUGUGUAUGGAUAGGAUAUACCAUCGCCGGAUGUUUUAUCGUCCUCACCGGUCGCAUUGGUGCCACUUACCACAUUGGGUUCCCCGUCGUUGCGCGAUCCUCAUUCGGCAUCUGGGGAAACCUCUGGCCCGUCUUCAACCGCGCCGCCAUGGCGUGCAUCUGGUAUGGCGUGCAGUCGUAUAUCGGUGGCAGAUGUGUUUACAUCAUGAUCCGAUCCAUGUCGUUAAACUGGGAUCGCAAUACAAUCCCCAACACUUUCCCGGAAGGCUCAGGUACCACAACUGCCGACUAUGUCUCGUUCUUCCUAUUCUGGCUGGUAUCCCUACCAGCCAUCUGGUUCCCCGUUCACAAAAUUCGCCAUCUUUUCACCGUCAAGGCCUACUUUGUUCCCGUCGCCGCCAUCGCCUUCCUCAUCUGGGCCGUAGUAAGGGCUGGUGGUGUAGGGCCGAUUGUGCAACAGCCUGCUAAGAUAGGUGGUAGCAAAUUGGCCUGGGAGUUUGUACUGGGCGUCAUGAGCAGCAUUUCCAACUUUGCGACCCUCAUCGUCAACGACCCCGACUUUACUCGAUUCGCAACCAAGCCCAAGGACGCCCUCUGGUCGCAGCUUUUCACCAUCCCGGUAGGCUUCGCCAUUACGUCCUUCAUCGGAAUCAUCGUCUCGUCCGGAUCGGCCGUCAUUUACGGGGAGGCUGUAUGGGACCCUCUGAUGCUGCUCGAGAAGUUCAUUGACGAGGGCGGCCCAGCGCAGCGCUUCGGCACCUUUGUCAUUGGGCUGGCGUUUGCGCUCGCACAGCUCGGCACCAACAUCGCUGCCAACUCGGUCAGUGCAGGCACGGACCUGACUGCCUUGAUGCCUCGAUACUUGAACAUCCGCCGUGGAGGAUACAUCUGCGCGGCUGUGGGUUUGGCCAUGUGCCCCUACACGCUGCUCACGGAUUCGAACCAGUUUACGACGUACCUCUCCAGCUACAGUGUGUUCCUGAGCUCCAUCGCCGGUGUGAUGAUCUGCGACUACUACUUCGUCCGCCGCGGAUACCUCGAGAUCAAGGAGCUGUACGACGCCCGAAAGACGGGACCAUACUACUUCACGUGGGGCAUCCACUGGCGCGCAUAUGCCGCCUACAUUGCCGGCAUCCUCAUCAACGUCGUCGGCUUCGCCGGCGCCAUCGGCCGCGACGUCCCCAUUGGCGCGACCUACAUCUACCGACUCAACUUCUUUGCCGGCUUCACCGUCUCCUCGCUGGUGUACUACCUCUGCUGUCGAUUCUCCCCCAUUCCGGCCACCAGCGACAGGUGGAUGGAGGUCGGCGACGAGAUUGAGGACGUCACGGUGGCCUACAACGACGGCACCAGUGACCACUACGCACGGCGCAACGGGAGCAACGACGGCGCGAGCGGUAGCCAAGACUACGAGGUCAAGAAGGACGCGUCUUCGGCCAACAGGACCGAGGUCGAUGGGAAGGUGGUGUAA